UGGUUUCCACGCCCUGUACUAUAGUGCCAUUCCCUAAUUACGUAGUUGCUAAAGUUUUCAGUUUGCAGUCUGCCACAGAGAACAUUAAACACAGCGAGGCUGGACUGGUUGUUUCAACACCCUGAAGAGAAUAUCAAGUUAACUGAUAGCCAAACUAUCAUUAAAGCUGUGCGCCCAAAACUACUGCACAAAUAGGUACAAAAUUCAUCCUUGGAUAACGUUUAAUAUUAAAUUCUGGCAGCAUGAACUUAUCUUCCUGUAUCUCAUCCCUGGGAGAUGAAUAUAGAUCUGAGGACUAUGUUGAGCCUCACUAUAAGGAAUGGUACCGUAUAGCGAUUGAUACAUUAGCAGAUGAAGGUAUUCCUGCCUAUGUAGAGUUUCUAGCAAAGGAAGGACUGGGCGAGUUCCUGGCUGAGGAGGAACUUUAUUUAAUCAAGGACAAUGUUAGAAAAUUGUCUCCAUCAAUCACAGCCUACACUCUGGAUGAUGAUAAAGAUGGCUCCUCCUCUGGUACCUACUGGCCUGUUCAGUCUGAUACAGAUGCUCCAGAUUUAGACUUGGGGUGGCCUGAUGUUGCAAGAGGCUUGGAGAAUCAAACCAAAAUUGACCUAUGCUUUCAUCCACCUCGAGAAAACUCACCUACAAUUAAGGAGAUCGUCAGGAAACUAAUAAAGAAUGGACGGCAGGUCAUUGCUAUUGUUAUGGACAUUUUCACUGAUGUGGACAUAUUUAGAGAUGUGCUUGAGGCUGCAGCAAGAGGAGUUCCAGUCUACAUAGUGCUUGAUGACUCUAACUUCAAUCACUUCACCAAUAUGUGUGAGAAACAAGCGGUUCACCUUCAGAGGCUCAUGAAUAUUAGAGUCCGGACAGUCAAGGGUUUAGAUUACCUUUGCAGGUCAGGAAGCAAGUUCCAUGGAAAGAUGAUGGAGAAAUUUCUUCUGGUUGACUGUAAGACAGUGGUAUAUGGAACAUACAGCUUUAUGUGGUCCUUUGAAAAGAUAAAUCUCAGCAUGGUACAAGUGAUCACUGGCCAUCUAGUAGAAUCUUACGAUGAAGAAUUUCGGACGCUCUACGCUCGAUCAGAUAUCCCAAGUAUGUUUGUAACAGAAAGCUCCACAUUAUUGGGAGAAGGAAAACGACCAUCAAUGUGGCAAAAUAGUCUUAAUGCCGGGAUCUACCAGCAUUCGGUAUCUUCAUUUGCUUCAUCAUCUAGCCAGCAUCAGCCAUUUAGCAGGAACAAUCCCAAUAGGCAUACACUUGACACAUUAUAUCAAAAGCUUCAUGGAAGGCAAAACAUGCAUCUAAAUGAGUGGAACAAUAUUGAUAAUAAAUUGAAUCUAUGGAAUUCACAUCUUAGACCUCCCAUUACAAAUGGUCAGGAUGUAGCAAACAGAACCAAUUGUCUACAGACUUAUGAGAGAAACGAUUACAGGAAGAGACAUAGUUAUGCUGGAGAGCAGCCAGAAACAGCAUCAUAUCUUUUGCUGAAUAGAUCAACAAACCACAGACCCUUAUUUCAAAGAAGUGACCAGAAUUUGCUCGAAGAAAAUGAAAGUGUUACUUCUUCAUCUAGAGGUGAAUUUAUGUCCAACACCAUUAGAAAUGCUCUUGAGCGUCUGAAGCAAAACAGAACAACGCCGCACUUUGAAAGGAGCUCAAAUAUUCGGAAUACAUAUCAUGGGCCUAAAACUCUGCACCUGCCUUCCACCCAUAAACUGCCAACCCUAGAAAAUAUGAGAAAGACAGGCUUACGAAACUGGAGAAUUGAAAGCUACCUAAAUGAUAAAGCUGGACCUCCAACAAAUCCUAUCACUGAUUCAUUUGACAACAUUACUCUGAAUGCAACAGACAAUUUUGAAAAUCCAGGGCCCAGGAUGCAAGUAAAUUUAGAAUUAAUGAACAGAACGGAAAUUAAAAGCAACCCCAAAUUGUUACAAUCCCGACUGCGUUCUUCACUAGUUUUCAGAACCCCUGUGAUGAGACAGACUGAUGUCAUCAGCCCUGAUUCUGAAUCAACGGCUUCAACUAUUGAUGCAACCUCAGGGUCAACAACUCCUCAGGAUUUGAGCAAUAUUGGAUAUUCAUUGUUUAAUGCAGAUAAACAGCAUUCAUCAGAUGAGUUGAAAACUCCAACUCAGGCAGGUAUUGAACAGUUUCCUAAAGAUUGCACAUCUUUUCACAAUGACACUGAGAUGAAUCAAAAUCCAAAUCUCCAACAUCAACACAGUUAUAAUCAAAGCUUCCAAACACAUCUGACUGAACAAAACAGAGUGCCAGAUUACAAUGCCAGACAAGAAUCAGGGCACUCCACAUUACCUAAAACAAAGUUUAAUUCUGCUUUAAGCAGGACUUUGUCAAUCCACUCUCUAAAUGAUACAAAGGGAAAUGAAUCUCCCAAGAUGUGGCAUCUGGGGAAAGACAAUAAACAUCAGGAGGAACAUUCAAAUUUCCUUAGAAAAAGUACAGAGAAGAUCAGAUCUCUACUCAACAUCUCCCAUGAUAAAAGAGAUAAUGGGUCUAGAAGUAGAGGGUCAGUUGCAUCCAGUAAUAUGAAUAGCAGUACUGAAACGUUGACCUCCGAGAGUGACCAGCAGGAAAGGAGGAAAAUAGCAAAAUACACAUGGAAUGAACAAAAGGAUAAGACAGCAAGCAUAUCAUCAAAUUGCACAAAUACUCCAAAAUUUGCUCGCGCUAAUAACCAAGAACAAUUAAAUGCAAAUGCUCAGUUGCUUGGGAAGAAUGACAUGAGUCGGGGAGAUGCAUCAGCUCCAAGAUUUGCCAUGGAACAACAAUCGGACAUAGGUAACAGAGAAGAGAGGCUGGGUUCCAGCCCCUCUUCUCUUGUGAAGAACCAAAAACCUGAAGAGUUGACAAACAUGAUCAAUACCGCAAAACCAAGUGACCAACUUAACAAACAGAGAGUUUACAGUCGUUUCGAGAAAGUGUACAUAAAGCAAAGCAACAACUUGAAACCGGAAGGGACUGACCCAACUCCAUUGCGAGUGAGGUCGACUGAUAGCCACAACUCUUUGCUCAGGAAUCAGUCAUCCCAUAAUUCAAGAUUACUCUCAUUUCAAGGGAAUCAUGCACGCCAUGUAGCCCCCCACAAUGAAAAUAGAUUUGAAAAAUUUGUGCAGCGGUUUGUGGGAUCAUUCAAAAAUAAAAAGUAACGAGCUGUAGCCUUGAAAUUACAUUGAGAGCUUAUGAGCACAUUCCUCUGAAAUUGUUCAUGUCACUAUUCUUACAAGUGUUAGCAACUUUUAUAUAACAUAACACCUGCAUUGAAAUAGUACUAAGAAUGCACCAAGUAUCAGUACACCAUGGUCCCAUGUAUCACAGAAUCACAGAAUUGUUACGGCACAGAAGGAGGCCAUUUGGCCCAUUGUAACUGCGCUGGCUCUCCGAAUGAACAUUAUGACUUAGUGCCAUUCUCCUGCCUUUACCCUACAUCCUUGCACAUUGUUUCUAUUCAAAUAAUUUGAAUGUCUCGAUUGAACUUGUAAUUUUAAGUCCAUUGCGUAAAACACAAUGAUGGUGUGCAAGAUAUAGUGUGAGAGAAAUUCCUUUGUAUGACGGCUUCGAUGUUUUUAAGAUUGCUUUAAAAUAAAUAACUUCAGAAGAUUAGAGUGAUCAAAUUUAGUUUUGUAGAGUUAGAGAGUAGAAUUACCUGGCUUCUUUUAUUUCUUGUAUUGGAUGCAUGAACUAAUUUAAAUACUGAUUAUCUUUCCUACGUUCAAAAUUCCGACUUUUCCCACAGUCUGUUGCUUUUUGCCCAUCUACAAUACCUUGUAUUGUAAAUUAGCAUUGAUGGAAAGUUGAGAAUCACAGAAAAUGCUCCAUCUGAUGGUGUUUCUUAAAAGGCUGAAAAUAUUUAAUUUUGGGACUGGACUGUUGCUAGGAUUUCCAAUGGGUACAGCCACUCAGACUUUUCAAUAUGUGAUUGUUUCCAAGGCACUGAGAAGGUAGAAUUGUUUUUGAAUUAUAGUAGCUAACUGUUCCAUAUUUUGUACAGCGGAAUUUGUGAAAACUGAGGUUCACAUAUUAAACAUUGGGGAAUUUUUUAAUUAAAA